AUGCCGGGGCUUGCUCCGAGGAGCGCCGCCACUUCUAAAAAGGGCUGUAAGAAAGCUGCUUCUAGAAGUCAGAAGAAGGAGGGCGGUGGGGAAAGCGCAAGAGAUGCCACCAAGAGUGCUGGUUACAACUACGAGGUGCCGAAGCAGGGUCACUCAGAUGCAGGUGUCUCUUCUGAGGCAGGGGGCUCCGUGAAUACGUUCGUCAAGGACAUCUUCGAGCGCAUCCCGGGCGAGGCCUGGCGCCUGGCGCACUGCAACAAGCGCCCGACCAUCACGUCCCGGGAGAUCCAGACGGCCAUGCGCCUGCUGCUGCCUCCUGAGCUGGCCAAGCACUCGGGGCCCGAGGACACCAAGGUCACCACCAAGUACACCAGCGCCAAGCGAGCUUGA